AUGGAACAUCUCUGGAAGGAAGCGCAGGAGGAGAUUGUGCGGCUUCAGAACCAACUUGUGGACAAAGACAAGUUGCUGGAAACGAGCGCACAGGAGGGCGCAGGACUGAAGAGAGAAAUCGAGAACGUCUACCUUGAAAAGGAACAUGUUCUGACUGAAAAACGGCGCCUAGAAGGAGAUUUGGAACUGGCUCUAGAUCGAGGAGAGAGGAUAGAGAACAUGAAUAAAGAACUGAAGGAAAAAACAGAGUCUCUAGAGAGCCAGUUAGAGCUUGUUUCAGAGAAAGAAUACUUCGAGCAGCUGAUAGAAGGCUACAAGGAUGCCGUAGCCCAGAAGAAGAAGGAAGUUGACUACAUACAAGAAGUACUCGGACAUAAAGCGAUAGAGGCUGAGAAGGACCGAGAAACACUUGAGGUCAUUAAAUCAGAAAACGCGAGACUCAGGGAGCUGGCAACUGACCUUCAAGACAGAAAUUGUGAAUUUGAGAAGAACCUAGUAGACGAAACCCAGAAAAACUUGAUAUUGACGGACAAAGUUCAGUCGCUAGAAUUGCUUUUGGACCAAAAAGAAUCUCGGCUGGUCUCAGCAACAGAAAUUCUGACUGCAGAAAGAGCAAACACUGAGAUUUUGGCCGCAGAACUCAAAAAGAUGAAGAACUGGGUCUCAGAACUAGGAGUAGAAAAUGCAAAGUAUAAAGAACAGUUAGAGGAAAAAGAAGCUGAAGUGACUAAAGUGAAGAAAGAGUUAGACAAUGGAAAGAUAACCACCCAAACUCUGGCUGGAGAAGCCCAGGUAAUGAAGAACUGGGUUGCAGAGUUAGGAGGAGAGAACACCAAGCUUCAGGAAAAGGUAGACGAAAACCAACUGCAAAAUAAAUUCAUUAAGAAAUCUUUAAGGAGGGAGAAACAGAGGAACAGAACUCUACAGGAUGCUCUCCAUCAUGAGAAGGAGAUGGAAAACUUGUUGAAGGAAGAAAAGAAGAGGGGAAAUGAGAUGGAAACUUCCCUCAGAACAUUAGAAGUAGAAUUCCAUAAUAGGGACCUCCAAAGAGAAAACUUACUAAACACAGAAAGAAAACUGAGAUGUGAAAUAGCAGAGAAACUAGGCGUCGCUCUCAAUCACAGGAAGGAACUGGAAAGCUUGCUGGAAGAGGCAGAAGAGAAGGCGAGAAAACUUGCAAAAGAUUUCGAGGAAGAGGUCCAGAAAAGGGAGGCACAAAAUCUAGAUUUCUUGGGACAAAGAACACAAACUCAAAGGAAAAAUGCUAACGUUGGAAAGCAGAUUGAAAAAUGCUGA